UAUGCCAUCAUAUGGUAUAAUGAACACAACAUAUACAUAAAAUUUGUGUGAAAGAAGAGUAUAGGAAAUUAAUUAAUGGUGAUGAUGAUGCCCAUAGUGAGCAAGUUGUAUUGCUCGGAGGAGGAGGAGGUGAUGUGGGUCCGGAGGCGGCCUCAUGUCAUCAACGGCGGUGGAUUCGUCGUUACCGACUCUGAUCAUAACGUCGUUUUCAGAAUCGACGGCUGCGGAGUCCUCGGUACCAAAGGAGAGUUGGUUCUUAGAGAUUUUAAUGGAGAUGAGAUGCUUCUUAUUCAUAAAAAGGGAGGAAUACUGCAGGCUCUAAGCAUUCAUAACAAAUGGAAAGGCUAUUCCUAUGACUACCAAGGGAUCCCUAAACCGGUUUUCACAUUGAGAGAUCCCAAGAAUUCGUGUAUCCCAAAAACCGGCGGUUUGAUCCGGAUCUCGAUCAACCCUUGUGUAACCAACAAUUGCUUCUUCGAGAUCCGAGGCUAUUUUCCGGAUAGAUCAUGUAGCAUCCUCGAUUCCUCGGGUCACACCAUUGCUCAGAUGGGAGUGUCUGAUGAAGUAAGAGAUUUAAUGGCGAGUGGAGACUUCUACCAUGUGGUUAUCAAACCGGGAGUUGAUAAAGCUUUUGUCUUUGGAGUUAUAGCGGUUCUUGACUACAUCUAUGGCGAAUCUACCAGAUGCUAACCGGAAUUAACCGGUUUCCUGUACAGAAUAAGAACUAUUUUCUCACCACUUCGUAUGCUAGAGUGAACUGGGAAACUAUUGUGUUCGUUGAAUAGUUUGGAAGUAUUUAUGUAAUAAUUAAUUGAUAAUUAUUAGUUAAA